UAUUCGCACUUGGCAACCCAAAGCGUCCUCGGUGAUUUGACGGGACCGGCUAAUUCCAAUUUUAUCUGGAUAUAUGUGUGUCAAUUACAGUUAAAUGAAAGAGACAGGCAUGGACGGGUCCGUGGAUCCAUUAGAACCCCCGGAGGAUCAGGACGUUCCUCAGGAGAAUCCCGAGGAUGCUCCUAAUGGCGUCGGAGAAACUUCACAGGAAUUGACAGAAGUGGAAGAGGAGCCAGAACCACUGAACGUAGAAGACUAUUUAUUUGACGACGGACAAAAUGUGACAAUGGACCUGAACGAGCAGAUGUUAAUGGUCGUACCGGAAGGUGUUUUUGCGUUCGAAAAGCUCACACAUCUGAUGCUUGCAGACAAUGGCUUAACGAGUAUCCCGGACGACAUAGAGAGACUAGUAAAUCUAGAGAUACUCGAAGUGCCCAACAAUAAACUCGGUUCCAUUUCCAGUAGUGUAUAUCUGCUCUAUCAUCUCCGCGUUCUUGAUUGUUCAAAUAACGAGAUCUGUGAAAUACGACCGGAUAUUGCAAGUCUUCUGGACAUGCGCGAGUUGGUUUUAAACGGAAACAGACUGACACGUAUCCCAGCACAGAUUGGAUAUCUGGAGCAGCUGGAAUAUCUUAUUCUGAGUGAAAACAGGAUUUCCGAACUUCCAAACACCAUAGGUCACUGUCAAAGUUUGAAAGUACUUGCAUUGGAAAGAAAUAUACUGGACUUCAUCACACCGGAAGUGUGCAAGAUAGAAGAACUGCGCAGACUCGCUUUAUCCGGAAACCAUAUCACAAACCUACCGAGAGAAACAGAAAAUUUCACUUGUCUUGAACAACUUCUCCUGGACGACAAUGAGUUUGAGUUCGUUCCCGUUCAAGUAUAUUGGAUGGAAACUUUGACAGAGCUUGCUUUCAGUGGAAACAAGUUAAAAGAGAUACAACCGGAAAUCGGCAAUCUCAAGAAUCUGAUAAUAUUAGGACUUAACAAUAACCAGAUUGAGGCCAUUCCAGAUGAACUUUGUGACCUAAAUUUGAUAGAGGUGUUAGGUCUUGAAAACAAUAAGAUAAAGGUUAUCCCGGAUAAUAUAUCCAACUUGUACAAUCUCAAGGAAAUAUACGUCGGAAACAACUGCAUCGAGGAAAUCCCGGAGAAUCUUUGCUGGUGCUCAAAUUUGGAGGUCAUAAGCUUGCUGAAGAACAAGAUUUCUGACCUUCCGGUUGAGCUCGAGAAUCUGCGUCGAUUACAUUCUUUAGUUUUAUCGGACAAUGCUUUUGAAAUACUCCCUCCAGCUAUCAGUUCCCUUCAUGGUCUGGAAAUAUUUCUCGCUGACGGAAACAAAGCUUCAGAACUUCCGGAAGAUUUUGGAAAUAUGAGUAAAAUGAAGCAGAUAAACCUUAGCAGAAAUGCGUUCACUGAGUUCCCGAAAUCGUUGUGUUCACUCCGCGGACUGGAGGUCUUAGACAUACGUCAUAACCAGCUACAGGUUAUACCAAAUGAAGUUUCCAGAUUUGAGCGAAUGCGUGUUCUAAAUUUGAGUAAUAAUCAGAUCCGAAGUCUGGACCCGGAGUUUUGUGGCAUCAAAAACCUCCAUGUGUUAGAUCUUUCUGACAACUUACUGGACGACAUUCCAGAAGAAUUUGAAGGGAUGGAUGAACUUACCGAUUUGGAUAUUUCAAAUAACCAGUUUUUGCAAUUUCCAAAAAUUGUGUUUGCUAUACCAAAUCUUGAGCGUCUAAAGUACGACCAGAAAAACGGCCAUCCGACGCCAUCACUUCCAGACGAGGUUGAGUUUUCUGGGCUGUCCUAUCUAAUAGUGUCCAAUAACUCACUGCGAACCCUCCCCAACACCAUCAACGGCAUGAAGAACAUCCAGUCGUUUGUAGCAGAUAACAACGACAUUUGCGUAUUGCCAGAGGCUCUAUGUGAGCUAAAAAAUCUCAAAGUGCUUCAUUUGAAUAAUAACUCAUUGACGUCACUUCCGGAAAAUUUUGACAACCUAUCAGGAUUAAAAGACCUGCGUCUCUAUAACAACCCGAUGAAGACUCCGCCAAUGGAUAUCUGUGUUAGUGGUGUCAUGCAACCGAUUGGUCGGUUCAUUAGACGAGCGAUGGAACGUGAAGAACUACUGCUGCUGAAGAUGUUUGAGGAGAUCAAAACGUCUUUGGAUAAAAACGAAAUCCGGUACAUGAUGAAGAAAUUCCGAUUCCCAGACACAAAAAUCACGGAACUGGAACAGACAUAUCACGGGAAAGACAGAAUUCAGGACAGAGUCUACAACGCCAUGUUGUUUUGGAAGGACUUUAAAGGGCCCCUAGCGACCAUCGACGAGCUCAUCCGGGUAUUUCACAUCGUUGGUUACGAAGAGUUGUGUACGAAACUAAAGGCAAUGAAAAUUUUCGCACAAAGGCUGAGGUUUUAAGAUAGAACAGCCGGGCAGAAAAACAUUGGAUCUUACGGGAUUAUAGACUUUCUGUUUACAGUAAAGAAUUCCAGGAACCAUAGCUUUGGCGGUUCACAUUACACGUUUACCGUUUGGUCAUUCAUGUGACAUUGCGGUAGAGAGUCCCGCCAUUAUUUUUAUUGUACAGUUUGGAUACAAGUUUUCUUUGUUAGAGAUACAACACAGAACGUGUGGUCUCACUUCUUUAAGACUGUACUAUCUAGGGUGCUACUGUAAUCAGCCAAGUGUCUGGUAAUGCUAUCAUAAUUAGCCAAAAAUGAAUAAUAUCAGUCUUUCUAUCAGUGUGAAUCUAAGCAAAAAUGUUGGCUAUAACACUUAAUUUUUGCAAUGUAUGUGUGGCGGGUUUCCCUUUUGUUCAAUCGAUAGAACGGCUGGGGAGCUUAAGGUCGUUGCUUCACGUUCGUGUUUGAGUUUUAUUUCUGCCACAUUUGUGCAUUUCUCGACCAUUUUGAUAAGAACCAAAUUAAGGAAACGGUUUGUAUAAAGUAUUGUUAUUUUUACGUUUCCAAACAAUUAUAUAUGUACUGUAUAUGUGGCCUGGUCCCAUUUCAACAACGUUCCUUUACACAAGCUAAGAGUUUCCUUAAGUGACGAACGUUGCUGAAACCAUGGACUGAGGGACAUCCUCGAGAAAAAAAAAUCUGAUAUUCCUUAAACCUUUUGAUUUUAAUGUUGUUAAGUUUAGGAGUUUAUGUGCCUUUAACACACUAUGCAGUGUGUAUUUAACUAUACUCUAUUGACUAUGGUUUAUAAUUAACAGCCUUUCACAGUGCUCAUUUAACUCUGACGUCACAAUGCCUGCACAAUGUCGGCCAAUUUCGUCAAGGGUCGGAAUGUGUUGCGAUUGAUUCCGUUAUUCGACGGAAUCGGCCGGGAUGUUGCGAUUGAUUCCGUAAUUCGACGGAAUCGGCCGGGAUGUUGCGAUUGAUCUCAUAUAUAUAUAACUCUGAUUUCAUUACACACGGUGACUAUCAUGAUAACCUAUUAAUAGUAAAAAUGAGUUCAAAUGAAAUUAUUUUGUCACAGCCGUUCAUCUGUCGAGUUUACAUCCGUUUGUAACUGUUAAAGUAGAAAUACAUGGGUGAUAUCUAUGUACUAGUACUAGUCAUUCUGAUGGUUACUUUCAAACCAGCUCUUUUAAUAUUAAUACCUAUAUAGUUUUUACAAAUAGAUUUCUUAUUUUCAUUUUUUUUUUAUCUAGAAUGAUAUGUUCAUCGUUUUUAUUGAACUUUUUUUUAAAUAGUGCUUUUGUAUUUAUUGUGUCUUUUAUAAUAAUAAUAAACAGUUUACUUAUAGAAUCAGGAACCGAUGUAAAAUAUCUCAUUGUAUCAUCUAGUCUUCAUAAUAUUCCGUUGUACUCUUUCUGUUUUACGAUUGGAGUUUACCUCAGAACUACAAUUAAUAUCUCUUUAUCAUGUUUUUUUUCUGUCGUUUGUGACGUGUAGAUAUUAUUUUUCAAUGUUUCUGAAGUCGAUCUCAAACGUUGCUCGCACGACGCUCUGACUUUUUUUCUUUCAACCCC